GGACAGAGGGUAUAUAUAUAUGUCUGAGAGGGUGUACAGAUCGACCUGUCACUCUCGAGCUUUGGAAGCUAUCCAAGCAGUCCGAAUAUACAUACUCACAACAGCAACGACAACAGCUCAUCGGCACCGACAAACAUGGUCUUCACUAUCGAUUUCAAGAACAAGAACUUCAUCGUCACCGGCGGAAACCGCGGGAUCGGCCUAGCCCUCACCCGAUCCAUCGCCCAAGCCGGCGGAAACGUCUCCAUCCUCUACCGUUCUUCCUCCUCCGCCCCCCAAGUCGCUCAGGGGUUAGAAAAAGAGUUCCCCCGGCAAAGGUUUUUCGCUGUACAGUGUGAUGUUACCGACCAGAAGAGGGUCGGGGAGGCUUUUGAGGAGGUCGUACAAGGGUUCGGUAAAGAGGGGGGGUUGCAUGGGGUCGUCGCUAACGCCGGAGUAGCCAUCGUCAAGGACGCCCUGGAAGUAGGAGGGGAAGAGUUCGACUUCAUGUACAGGACCAACGUCCUCGGCGUGUUUUACAUCGCCCAGGCCGCAGCCAAGUAUUGGGUCAAGACCAAGUUUACCGAGGGAUCGAUCGUCGUCAUCUCGUCGAUGAGCUCGCAGAUCUACAACCAGUCCGCCUUGAACGAGCCUUUGCGACAUGUCUUUUACAACUCGUCCAAGGCGGCCGUCUCCAGCUUGGCCAAGAACUUGGCCGCUGAAUGGGCUCCCCAUGGCAUCCGGGUCAACAUCGUCAGCCCCGGGUACGUCGAGACUGAACAGUCUGGUGUGCACGCUCCUGCUGUCCGCAAGUUCCACGAGGACAGCGUCCCGCUCCGAAGGUACUCGCAACCCAAGGAACAAGCUCCUCCCGUCUUGUUGUUGCUCUCGGAGCAUUCUAGCUACAUGACCGGGUCCGAGGUCUUUGUCGAUGGAGGCAUGUUGAUCUGGUAAACCUCGGGGGUCUAGCGGUAUUCAACCUCCGGGCUUCCUUCCGGGUAUGGAUGACGUGUGACGAUUGCCGGACUCUUGCGGCCGAGAGCGGGUGCUUCUGUGGGUGAAAGGGGCCGCCCGCCGGAUGAAAGGGGAAUAGGGGUCGUCAUUCGACCGGGGAAUGUGUCGAGGUUGCAAGGUGUAACUUCUGUACUUUAGCACCAGUACACCAUUUAUGAAUUUGGUUCGAAACGCUUC